AUGCGAGGCCACCAGCACCUCGGCGAUCCAUCCCUCACGCAGAACCAAGGCAACACGCUCGGUGACCGCCCAUGUGUGCGGCAGAGCCGUCUGUACCGUGAGCACGUUGGCGGGAACGCCAUGAAGGAACUCAUGGGGCAGGAUGGGUUGAAGUGGGACACAACACAGACACAAGGCGUCUAUGCUGGUGGAAAGGCGUUCGACCACAACAAUGCCCAGAAGAACUGCGGAGCCAACGGCAGUGGGGAGAAGGAACAGCAGGAGCCGCAGCCGCAACAACAGCAACAACAGCAGGAGCAGCGCCAGGAUGAGGAAGUGGUGAUUGCUAUAGAUGCGGCGGAGGAAAGUCCGUUGCGCGUGCAGCAGCCAUCCGCCGCUCAGGAGCAGCAGAAUCAGCAGACCGCCCCUCAAGCACAACAGCAGCAGGCACCGGGCGCUCAGCCUGUUGCUAGCCGUGCCUUCCGCCCAGGUGCCGGGUACGCCAACCGCCAGUCGUAUAAUAUAUUUACUGGCGAAUAA